UCUCUAUAUAAGCAAAAUAUCAACCCAAAAACCUAACAGCACGCCUCAUCCCCCCACUCUCUCUCAAGAAGCCAAUUAACUCUCUCUCUCUAGAAGCAAACUUCGAUUUCGCUAGCUCCAUCGUUUCAAGGAACCUGCAGGUGCUGGUGUUUACAGAUUUUCAGGGUGAAGUGUGUGUAAGUCGAGGCUUUUAUGUCCAUACAGGCCAUUUCGUUUUUGGGAAAGAUUGGAUUGCUUGGAGAGUACACUCCUCCCUUAAGGAAAAAGGGAAGGCCCUUGUCAGAAAAAGUUAGCUGUAUGCAUCUCGGGCCUUGUAAAGGAUACCCUGAAUUUAGUGGUUGCAGUUCAAGAAUCUCUAGACGACAUCGUAACUGCUGCCUAUCCUAGCAUUUGCUUUCAGUGACACCUGCUGAGUUUGCUUUGAGAGUCUGUUUUACAGGGAUCAAGAUGGCAUUGCAAAACAUUGGUGCUUCAAACAGUGAUGAUGCCUUCUAUAGGUAUAAAAUGCCCAAGAUGGUUACCAAAGUUGAGGGCCGAGGAAAUGGCAUCAAGACAAAUAUUGUCAACAUGGUUGACAUUGCAAAGGCUUUGGCAAGGCCAGCUUCUUACACUACAAAGUAUUUUGGUUGUGAGCUUGGUGCGCAAUCCAAGUUUGAUGAGAAAACUGGGACUUCUCUUGUCAAUGGUUCUCAUGAAACUGCAAAACUUGCUGGGCUUCUUGAGAACUUCAUCAAGAAAUAUGUUCAGUGUUAUGGCUGUGGAAAUCCUGAGACUGAGAUAAUCAUCACCAAAAACCAGAUGCUCCAGCUAAAAUGCGCUGCAUGUGGUUUUGUGUCUGAUGUAGAUAUGAGGGACAAGCUCACGUCUUUCAUUCUGAAGAACCCUCCUGAAUCAAAGAAGGGAUCAAAGGAGAAGAAGGCAUUGAGGAGGGCAGAGAAAGAGCGGCUCAAGGAAGGUGAAGCUGCUGACGAGGAACUGAAGAAGCUGAAGAAAGAAGGUAAGAAGAAGGGAUCUUCUUCAAAGGAUGUCCCUCCAAAAGCUAGCUCUACAAAGAAGAAAGCACACGGCUCUGAUGAGGAACGAAUCUCGCCAACUCAUAGCCAGGUUGAUGAGAAGGAAGAUGUUGAUGACAACGAUGAUGACGAUGUCCAGUGGCAAACUGAUACAUCUCUCGAGGCAGCUCGCCAACGCAUCCAAGAACAGUUGAGUGCUGCGACAGCAGAUAUGGUCGUGCUUUCAACAGAUGAGACGGAAAAGAAGGCAAAGGCAAAGGCAUCCAGCAAAGAAAAUGGCAGUCCAAAAGGUGCUUCACCAGCUCAGGAGGAAAACCCAAAACCUGAUGAUGGGAGCUCAAGUACUCAUGAAACUCUUGUCAUUGAGAUAAAGGAAAACCUGAAGAAAGGAGUUUCUGCAAGCCAGUUGAAUUCCACACUCAGUUCACUCAAUGGAUCUGCCCAGGAAAAGAUUGAUGCUCUGUUUGAAGCAUUGUUUGAGGGUGUUGCUAAAGGAUUUGUGAAGGAGGUUGACAAGAAGAAGAACUAUCUGGCUGCUGCUGUUGCUGAGGAUGAGAGAUCACAGUUGCUUCUACUUCGAGCAAUUGAAGUAUUCUGUAUUAAGUCAAGCUCAAGUGCACUGAGGGAAGUGGGUCUUGUCCUGAAAGCACUCUAUGAUGCUGAUGUCCUGGAGGAAGAGUGCAUUGUGCACUGGUAUCAAGAGGGGCUAGCGAGAGGCAACAAGGAUUCUCAGAUCUGGAAGAAUGUGGAGCCCUUCAUUAAAUGGCUCCAGAGUGCUGAAUCCGAAUCUGAGGAAGAAUAAUGCGCUUUUCGCUUGCGUAUUUGAAAUGACCGAGUCUGAAUCUAUCCUGAUGUUCUCUCUCUGAAUGAAUGAUUUCCUUCGUCCAGUGAAGUUUACUUGAACCUAGUAGUUUGAUGGAGUGUUGCUAUUUUAUGUUUUAUUACUUUCAAAGAGAGUGCCAAUUCGGUACUUUCAGUGUUUACAAGUGUCUUUGUCCUGCCUGUGUUUAUUUCACUAUAGAACUUUCUAUGAACUUGUUAUGCAUACAAUCAUUGUUCGUCUCUA